CCAGCUGAACUGUGGGUAUCCAUCCCUACCCCCCGCACACCGCACAAUAAAAAACUCGCCGGCGUCGGCGUCGGCGUCGGCGGGCUCACGUCAAACCGCCCUCAAUCUCACCGUGCGCUCGCCGCCAAACGCGAACUGCCAGGCGCCCGGCCACGUUGGCCAGAUCCUCCUAUAAAGAACAGAAAUCCACCGCAACCACAAAUCGCUACUUUCGCCAGCAAACAGUGAUCCCCCGGUUAUAUUUCCCACGCCGCGCCGCUCUAGCCAGCUGCACCCUCGGCCGGCAUGGCCCGCCUCGCUCUCCGGCGCUUUCCGCCGCCGAUGCUUCUCCUUCUCCUCGCCCUCUUCCUCGUCGCGGCGGCGGCGGCAGGGAAGGGAAAGAAGAGGGGCGGCGGCGGGCUGCGGUUCCGGCGGGAGGGCGGCACGUUCAAGGUGCUGCAGGUGGCGGACAUGCACUACGCGGACGGGCGGAGCACCGCGUGCGAGGACGUGCUGCCCGAGCAGGUCGCCGGCUGCUCCGACCUCAACACCACCGCCUUCCUCUACCGCGUCAUCCGCGCCGAGGACCCAGACCUCGUCGUCUUCACAGGUGAUAACAUCUACGGCGCGGAUUCAACCGAUGCGGCCAAAUCGAUGGACGCGGCGAUCGCUCCAGCCAUCGCCAUGAACCUUCCCUGGGCUGCUGGGAUUGGUAACCAUGACCAGGAGGGUACCCUGUCACGGGAGGGCGUGAUGCGACACCUUGUGGGCAUGAAGAACACUCUUUCACGCUUCAAUCCUGAAGGAGUAGAAAUCGAUGGCUUCGGCAAUUAUAAUCUGGAAGUUGGUGGGGUUGAAGGAACACUGCUGGCUAACAAAUCAGUGCUCAACAUGUAUUUUCUUGACAGUGGUGACUAUUCUACCGUGCCAUCCAUCCCUGGUUACGGUUGGAUCAAGGCUUCCCAGGAAGCUUGGUUCCAGAAAACGUCUUCGAGUCUCCAGAAAAACUACAUGAGUCAACAACCCAGCCAGAAGGAGCCAGCACCUGCUCUUGCAUACUUCCACAUUCCAUUGCCGGAGUUCAGCAGUUUCACAGAAUCCAAUUUCACAGGAGUGAAGCAGGAGGGUAUCAGCUCACCAUCAAUCAACUCAGGCUUCUUUACCACCAUGGUGGAAGCCGGAGAUGUGAAGGCUGCCUUUAUAGGACAUGAUCACAUAAAUGACUUCUGUGGGAAGCUCACUGGAAUUCAGCUGUGCUACGCCGGUGGGUUCGGUUACCACGCGUAUGGGAAGGCCGGGUGGUCGAGGAGAGCAAGGGUGGUGUCUGUGCAGCUUGAGAAGACAGUGACCGGCGAGUGGCAAGACGUAAAGUCUAUCAAGACAUGGAAGAGGCUUGACGAUCAACACCUCACCACGAUUGACUCCGAGGUCCUGUGGAACAAAGGCUCUAAUGGGAGGGGCAGGAAGGAUCAUGACAGAAGCUGAGUUCAGGAUGGGGACAGUGAAUGCUGCAUCCUAUUCCUACCUCUACUCAUCAUGUGUGCUGUUGGUGUUCAGCUUAUUACGGAGUCCGUAAAAGUGUAAAUGAAAACAGAUAGUACGCGACAUGUAUACUCAAGUUCUCAGAGUUGUAGCUUUUCACGUCAAGAAAAAAAGGCGGGUAUCAUGGAUUCGGUGUGAUUCAGUACAUAUCUCACUCUUUGCAAAUGGUCUCGGAUGUCGGAAGUUAAUGAGAAUACCGAUGCUAAUGCGGCCUGUAUCUUCUCUCAUAA